GGAACAAUGAUCACAUGGAACAAGGUCGUUGCUGCUCUUUGCUUGUUUACAGCACUGAAAACUGAAAGUUCUGGCCUUCAGGUUCAAACUGUGAAGAUUGGAAAUAAAGUUACGAUAAAAUGCGAUCAAACUUUGCACAAAGAGAAUACAAGUCAUUUUUUAGUUUGGUAUAAGCAGAGUUUAGGACAGGGACCAAAACUUGUUGUGAGGUCAUUUACGGACAAUAGGAAACCCAGAUUUGCCUUGGAUUUUGAUGCUGGUCGUUUUACUGUGGAUGGUACAUUUGAUCUCAGUAUUAGUGAAACCAAACAAGAGGAUGAAGGAACUUAUUUCUGUGGGUCAGUGAUAUCCAAUAUUGUGGAAUUUGGAUCUGGAACUCUCUUGUUUUUGCAAGCUGACAAGUUGAACGACAAUCCCCCGACCGAAACAGUGAUCAAGAGUGGCGACUCUGCUACACUCCAGUGUUCAGUUCAACCUUUGAGCUGUUCAGAAGAUCACAGUGUGUACUGGUUCAGACACGGAUCAGGAGAAUCUGAUCCAGGAAUCAUCUUCACUCAUGGAAACAGGAGUGAUCAGUGUAAGAAAAGCUCUGAGACUGUUUCUCCUACACAGAGCUGUAUCUACAAACUCCCCAAGAACAACCUCAGCCUCUCUGAUGCUGGAACUUACUACUGUGCUGUAGCUGCAUGUGGAGAGAUACUGUUUGGGAAUGGAACUGAAGUGAGAGUAGCAGACAAUAACAGAUGGAUUCAGAUCACCUUGGUAAUAUCAAAUGUGAUAUCUGUUGUUGUGAUCAUAGCUCUGGUUGGAGUUCUACUAAGACUAAGAAGACAAAAUGUCUGUAACGAUGCUUCCAAAGACCAACCAAUUCACAUUAAUCAGGCUGAAGAUACAGCUGACGUGAACUAUGCUGCUCUGAAUUUCGCUAAGAAACCUCCUCCAUCCAGAACACCCAGAAGAGUCCAGGAGAGUUAGAUUAAUGAAGAUUGAUGAAGAUUGGAUACAAACAUGGACGUUUUAAGGCAAUUGAGGGCCUCAAGCAAACUGGACCAUUCACCUCUAACCCCCAUAAAUUACAUAAUUUGUACAAGACACAUAGGCCUAAUUGAUCCAGUGUAAAUUGUCACUUAAUUGUCAUUUCUGGCUUCCUGAUGGAUAACUCCGCUUCAUGAUCGCUUCAGUUUCAUAUUUUGCCGGUUGCAGGAAUCACGAACCUGGCUGGAUGGCUGGCUAAUGUCAGGACUGGCUAAUUUUAAGGGACGCUAAUGCAAGUUGUUGUUACAUUUAAUUCAUAAACAGUUGUUGUCUGGGGGCCUCAGGCCUGCUCAGGGCUCUGGGCAAUUGAUUGGUUUGCUUGCCUUGUUGCAAAGGGUCUAAAUAUAGACCCCAAUCGUCACUAGAAAAUGAUUGGCCUCAUAUUCUCAAUAAUAAUAAUAAUAAAAAAAAAAUGAAACAUGUACAGGGGUUGGACAAUGAAACUGAAACACCUGUCGUUUUAUUGUGGGAGGUUUCAUGGCUAAAUUGGAGCAGCCUGGUGCCCAAUCUUCAUUAACUGCACAUUGCAGCAGAGUGUGAAGGUUCAAUUAGCAGGGUAAGAGCUUUAACAGUUUUGAUCAAAAUAUUGCAAUGCAUACAACAUUGUGGGUGACAUACCAGAGUUCAAAAGAGGACAAAUUGUUGGUGCACGUCUUGCUGGCGCAUCUGUGAGCAAGACAGCAAGUCUUUGUGAUGUAUCAAGAGCCACGGUAUCCAGGGUAAUGUCAGCAUACCACCAAGGAGGACCAACCACAUCCAACAGGAUUAACUGUGGAUACCCAUUGUAGCGAGAGUUGUGACCAAGUCAUGUGACCAAAUCUAACUGGUUAAUUUUAAUGACCAAGGUGCAGAGUUACAUAAUUCAUUGUGUGCUCAAAUUAAGCUAUUUUUUUUCCUGUAAGCAUAUAGUAUGGCUUUAUCCAUUUUUUUGUAUCCAUAUACGUAUAUCAUUGUUUUUGUCGGAAUUUUGUUUUCCACCGUUUUGUGAAAGUAUAAAUAAAAAAACUUGAAUCAUUGUGACUCAUUUGAAAAUGAGGUUUUAUCCUUCAUAAAGCUACAUAU